UAAAAGCGUCUAGCGGUAUGAUCAAAUGGAGUUCAAGAAUUAGAUGGAAAUUGCUGUAAACUAAGAUUCAAGGCUUUAACAAAGAUGUCACACGUUCUUAAGCAUUGGAGGGAAGCGGCAACACUGCUUUUAGUCGCUAAAACCAGGUCACCAGCUGUCACAUCAUUCCAGACUACAAAUUUUGAGAUAUUGAUGUUGAAAAGAAGUGGCAAAUCCAAGUUCAUGCCAAAAUUGCAUGUUUUCCCAGGAGGGGUUGCCCAUGAAUCAGACUUUUCCCCGGACUGGAUGGAACUUUUCAGCAAAGCUGGCAAUGAUGUAGUUAGAAAUAUGCAAACUUUUGUUGAGCGUGGUGGUAAGGGUACACAUAUGUUUAGCCGAUCUAGACCUGAAGAAUUUUCCAAAAUUCCAAGUGAACUUGCUUUCAGGAUUUGUGCAAUAAGAGAGACCUUUGAAGAGUCAGGUAUUUUACUUGUCAGAGACUUGAACAGAGUGAAAAAUGAACAAAUUACAGAGAAAGAACAGCCUGUUUCUGGAAAGUCUGCAGUAAUCUCGGAUUCAAUCCUGAAACCAUGGAGGGAGAAGGUCGAUGAUGACGCAUGGCAGUUUAUUUCUAUGUGCAAAGAGCUAAAUCUUUUACCUGAUAUUUGGUCACUAUACGAAUGGUCAAACUGGCUUACACCCAUUCUUCCUGGACAGCAUGGAAGGUCACCAGCACGGAGAUAUGAUACAGCUUUUUAUUUGUGUGUCCUUGACUACAUCCCGAAUGCUGUACACUGUGACAAGGAAACUACAGAACUAGAGUGGACUUCAUCCAGUGGAUUUCUUAUCAAACAUAAAGAUGAAAAUAACCCACUGCAGCUUGCACCUCCACAAAUAGUAGAGCUGGGUAGAAUUCUUCAUUUCACAGAUGCAGAAAAACUGAAACAGUUUGCAUGGGAGAGAUCAGAAUUGAGAGCACAGUGCUGGUUCCCAGUAACAUGUUACUGUACUGAUGGUGUAUUGUUUAUUUAUCCAGGUGAUGAUCUUUAUCCAGAAAUCCCAGAUUUUACUGGAGAGGGCCCCAAAUUCACAGUGGAGGGAACAAUUGAAGAACUACGUAAAAAGUACCCAAAUAUGAACAGGUCAGAGAUGGUUAUAGGUGAAAAAGGAGUGGAUCGGACAUUUAAAUGUAACGUGAAAAUGUCUGAUGGUCAAGUCAGUCCAUUGUUUGUAAAUUUUACAGAGGAAAACAUACCGGUUUCUAAUUUGUGAAUCAAAUUAACAUUAUCAAUACAGAAUUGAGACUGACAUCUGAAUAUUAAGUGAACAAAUACAGAGUUGAUUUUGUUAUCAGUAUGUUAAAGAAUACAGAACUGAAAUUGACAUUGGAAUAUGUAGUAAACAAAUGAAGAAUCAAAACUGACAUCUGAAUAUUAAGUAAACAGAUGCAAAAUUGAAAUUGACAUCUGAAUAAUUAUUAAGUGAAUGGAUACAGAAUCUAUUAUUAAAAAAUCUAACAUCUGAAUGUCAGGUUGUUAAUGUAUAUAGAAUCAAAUUUUUAAACAUCUAAAUAUAGGAUGAAUGGAAACAGAAUCAAAUUUGCUAAUACAUAUUCUAUAAAAUGAUGCUGUUAUGUGUAAAGAUAUUUCUAAUGGUGUGAUAUUUGUCUUGGUAUUUUGAUCUAAUUAAUUUGUUCAGCUGCUUAUGUAUUAGAAAAUAUUAAAUUAUUCAUUACGUAAAACAGUUGUCUGUUAGUAGCAGUGUUAACCUCAUAGUGAAAAAAUAAUGGUUUUAUAUGUUUGAUUUUAUACUUUAUUGUAAAGCAUUACAUUUAUAUUGUGAUA